GCUUCUCCGCCGGUAGUCAUGGGGCAGGAGCCGCGGACGCUGCCGCCCUCCCCCAAUUGGUACUGCGCCCGUUGCAGCGAUGCAGUAACCGGGGGCCUGUUCGGGUUUGCGGCGCGGACCUCCGUCUUCCUUGUCCGCGUGGGCCCUGGCGCGGGCGCGAUCCCUGGGACACCCCCAUUUCGAGUCAUAGGAGAGUUAGUGGGACACACGGAAAGGGUCUCUGGCUUCACGUUUUCUCAUCACCCUGGUCAGUACAACCUCUGUGCCACCAGCUCCGAUGAUGGGACUGUGAAAAUCUGGGAUGUAGAGACCAAAACAAUUGUGACGGAGCAUGCACUACAUCAGCAUACAAUAUCAGCAUUGCAUUGGUCUCCUCGAGUGAAGGACUUAAUAGUAUCUGGGGAUGAAAAAGGAGUAGUUUUUUGUUAUUGGCUUAACAGAAAUGACAGCCAAUACCUCUUCAUAGAACCCAGAACAAUUUUCUGUCUUACUUGUUCACCUCAUCACGAAGAUUUAGUAGCCAUUGGCUACAAGGAUGGCAUAGUGGUUAUAAUUGACAUCAGUAAGAAAGGAGAAGUUAUUCACAGGUUUCGAGGCCACGAUGAUGAAAUCCACUCUAUAGUCUGGUGUCCCCUACCUGGUGAAGAUUGUUUAUCCAUAAAUCAAGAGGAAAAUGCAGAAGAGCCUGAAAUUACUAAUGGGAAAGUUAUAGCAGAAACUCCUAUAACAAAAGGCUGCUACUUAGCCACUGGAAGCAAAGAUCAGACCAUUCGAAUCUGGAGCUGCUCUAGAGGCCGAGGAGUAAUGAUUUUGAAAUUGCCAUUUCUGAAGAGAAGAGGAGGGGGCAUAGACCCAACUAUUAAAGAGCGCCUUUGGUUGACACUCUAUUGGCCCAGGAAUCAGCCAACACAGCUGGUAUCCAGUUGUUUUGGAGGUGAACUGUUGCUGUGGGAUUUGACCCAGUCUUGGAGACGGAAAUAUACCCUCUUCAGCACUUCAGCAGAAGGGCAGAAUCAUUCCAGAAUUGUGUUUAAUUUAUGUCCUUUGCAAACCGAGGAUGACAAACAGCUAUUACUUUCCACAUCCAUGGAUAGAGAUGUAAAAUGUUGGGAUAUGGCUAACCUGGAGUGCUGCUGGACCCUUCCUUCCCUUGGUGGGUUUGCCUAUAGCCUGGCUUUCUCUCCUGUCGACGUGGGCUGUUUGGCCAUAGGCGUUGGGGAUGGCAUGAUCCGUGUAUGGAAUACACUCUCCAUAAAGAACAACUAUGAUGUGAAAAAUUUUUGGCAGGGUGUCAAGUCCAAAGUUACAGCGCUGUGCUGGCACCCAAACAAGGAAGGUUGUUUAGCUUUUGGAACCGAUGAUGGAAAAGUGGGAUUGUAUGACACCUACUCCAACAAACCUCCACAGAUAUCUAGUACAUAUCAUAAGAAGACUGUGUAUACGUUAGCCUGGGGACCACCUGUACCCCCCAUGUCACUUGGAGGAGAAGGAGACAGACCUUCUCUUACUUUAUACAGCUGUGGAGGGGAAGGGAUUGUUUUACAGCAUAAUCCCUGGAAGCUUAGUGGAGAGGCCUUUGACAUCAACAAACUCAUAAGGGAUACUAAUUCAAUCAAAUACAAAUUGCCUGUGCACACAGAGAUCAGUUGGAAAACAGAUGGCAAAAUCAUGGCUCUUGGAAAUGAAGAUGGAUCAAUAGAAAUAUUUCAGGUUCCCAGCUUGAAACUGAUCUGCACCAUCCAACAGCAUCACAAGCUUGUGAAUACCAUUGCCUGGCACCAUGAGCAUGGCAGCCAGCCAGAGCUGAGCUAUCUGAUGGCCUCUGGUUCCAACAAUGCAAUCAUUUAUGUGCACAAUCUGAAAACUGUCCUAGAGAGCAAUGCUGAGUCUCCAGUGACCAUUACAGAACCCUACCGGACUCUCUCAGGACAUACAGCAAGGAUUACUAGUUUGGCGUGGAGCCCACAUCAUGAUGGAAGGCUGGUAUCUGCUUCCUACGAUGGUACAGCCCAGGUGUGGGAUACUCUCCGUGAAGAGCCUCUAUGCAAUUUCCGAGGACAUCGAGGCAGACUGCUUUGUGUAGUAUGGUCCCCGUUGGAUCCAGAUUGCAUCUACUCAGGGGCAGAUGACUUCUGUGUGUACAAAUGGCUGACCUCCAUGCAGGAUCAUUCCCGGCCUCCUCAAGGCAAAAAAAGUGUUGAAUUAGAGAAAAAACGGCUUUCUCAACCUAAACCAAAGCCCAAAAAGAAAAAAAAGCCCACCUUACGAGUACCUGUAAAGCAAGAAUCAUUUGAUGGGAAUGAAGAAGAGAGCAUGAAGGAGAACUCAGUUCCUGUUGAGAAUGGGGUGUCAGACCAGGAAGGCGAGGAGGAAGCACAGGAGCCAGAGUCGCCCUGUGGCCUUACGUCAGUGGUUUCUAAAGAACCAAUUAUCUGCACUCCAGUUUCCUCAGGCUUUGAAAAGUCAAAAGUCACUAUUAAUAACAAAGUUACUUUACUGAAAAAGGACCCACCUAAGGAGAAGCCAGAAACCUCAGUCAAGAAGAGAAAAGCUCGUUCCAUGCUUCCUCUGAGUACAAGCCUGGACCACAGGUCCAAAGAGGAACUUCAUCAUGACUGUUUGGCACUAGCAACUGCAAAACACUCCAAAGAGCUAAAUGAGGAUGUGUCUGCUGAUCUUGAGGAACGAUUUCACCUGGGACUUUUCACAGACAGGACUACCCUGUACAGAAUGAUUGAAACUGAAGGAAAAGGUCACUUGGAAAAUGGCCACCCUGAAUUAUUUCACCAGCUCAUGCUUUGGAAAGGAGACCUAAAGGGUGUUCUCCAGACUGCAGCAGAAAGAGGAGAACUGACAGACAAUCUUGUGGCUAUGGCACCUGUAGCUGGCUACAAUGUGUGGCUGUGGGCUGUGGAGGCCUUUGUGAAACAGCUAUGUUUCCAGGAUCAGCAUGUCAAGGCUGCCUCCCAUCUCCUUUCCAUCCACAAAGUGUAUGAAGCUGUGGAGCUCCUCAAGUCAAACCACUUUUACAGAGAAGCUAUUGCAGUUGCCAAGGCUCGGCUGCGCCCAGAAGACCCAGUCUUGAAGGACCUGUACCUCAGCUGGGGAACCAUCUUAGAAAGAGACGGCCAUUAUGCCAUAGCAGCCAAAUGCUAUUUAGGGGCUACUUCAGCUUAUGAUGCAGCCAAAGUUUUGGCCAAAAAGGGAGAUGCAGCAUCACUUAGAACGGCUGCAGAGUUGGCUGCAAUUGGAGGAGAAAAAGAGUUGUCUGCUUCCCUGGCUCUCAGAUGUGCCCAGGAACUACUUCUGGCCAAGAAUUGGGUGGGGGCCCAGGAAGCCUUGCAGCUGCAUGAAAGUCUACAGGGUCAGAGACUGGUAUUUUGCGUCCUUGAACUACUGUGCAGGUAUCUAGAGGAAAAGCAGUUUCCAGAAGGCAGAAGCUCCUCUUCUUACCACGCUUGGGCUACAGGCACUGAAGGGCUCUUCGUGCAGAGAGUGACUGCAGUGUGGAGGAGCAUCUUCAGCCUUGACACCCCAGAGCAGUAUCACACAGCCCUGCAGAAGCUGCAAAACAUCAAGUACCCAUCUGCUACAAAUAACACUCCCUCCAAACAGCUCCUGCUUCACAUUUGCCAUGAUUUGACUUUGGCAGUGCUGAGCCAACAGGUGGCCUCCUGGGACAAGGCUGUGACAGCACUCCUUCAGGCUGUGGUCCGGAGCUAUGACUCAGGGAACUUCACCAUCAUGCAGGAAGUCUACUCAGCCUUUCUCCCUGACGGCUGUGACUACCUAAGAGACAAACUGGGUGACCAUCAGUCCCCUGCCACACCAGCUUUUAAAAGUUUGGAGGCCUUUUUUAUUUAUGGGCGAUUGUAUGAAAUCUGGUGGUCACUCUCCAGGCCUUGCAGUGAGUCCAGUGUCUGGGUAAGGGCUGGCCACAGGACACCCUUUGUCAAGCAGAGCCAGCCAUUAGACAGUCCUAGGACUGAAGAGACUGACCCAGAACCAAGAUGGCCUCCAGGAUCAGACUUGAUACUGACAGAAGAAAGUGAGCAAGUGCUGAGUGCUAGUAAGGAGCUCUUUUCAGAAAAGCACGCCAGUCUCCAGAAGUCAAAGAGAACUAUUGCUGAUGUCCAAGAGACAUUAGCAGAAAUGAUCCGCAAACACCAGAAGAGUCAACUCUGUACAGCCAGUGGCCCCAAUAAGAAUGAACCCAAACAGGAAGCAGAAGAGGCUCUCCCUAAUGCUCAGAGUCUGUGUAAAGAAGAAGAAAAGGAAACAGUUUCUCUGCCUGAACUAACCAAAAGGCUCACAGAGGCAAAUGAGAGAAUGGCUAAGUUUCCUGAGAGUAUUAAGACUUGGCCCUUCCCAGAUGUGCUAGAGUGCUGUCUUGUCCUGCUUCACAUCGGGUCCCAGUGUCCUGGCUGUGUGACUCAGGAAAUGCAACAACAGGCCCAGGAGUUCCUUCAGAAAUAUGGCAACACUAAAGCUUACAAAAGAUGCUACCAGUCCCUCUGCACACGAACUUUCAAGGACCUUGAAGAAACUGUGCCACAGAACAAUUGACAUCUUUCAUCUCUGCAAUCACACCUUGCCAAGCACUCAUUCUGAUCACUAGAUGUGUUUGCAGUUAUCCAAACUAAUAUACAGAAGACAGUUGAACUUGAAUCAACUUUGUCUACCCUAUACAAGAUGGAACCUGACUUUGGCCUCAAUUGUGGUUUCCUAGUGAAGGGAAGAUCAUGAAAAGCCAGCAGUAGUUAUUCAAAACUAGUACCUAUAGAGUGAUUGUGGUCAUCUCUAAAGCCUUAUGCAGGUUUCACCCAAAGAGAGAAACUUUUUUAAUCACCUAAAGUGUUAUGUUCUUAAACACAAACUACCUUUAUAAAUACUUCACCAGAUCAUAAACAUCUCAUUCUUGUUGGAGACAGAAUUGUUAAUGGGUGGAUGUUCUUAAUUAUUUUUGUUAGCCCAGCUUUCCCACCUCUGUUCUCUCACAGACUGAAGUUUGAAUCUGAAACCGACCUGUAUGUAUGUCCUGUUGACCCUACCUUCUACCUGAACUAAUUUAGGUUGAAAAUUUGGUUUCAUUGUUUUAUGGAAUUGCUUAUUUAGAUACGUUGCUUACUAAGCAUAAUAACAACGAAUAACAAGCCAGGCGCCAGUGGCUCACGCCUGUAAUCUUAGCUACUCAGGAGGCAAAGAUCAGGAGGAUCGCAGUUCAAAUCCAGCCUGGGCAAACAGUU